AUGGAGUUAUAUACCCGCCUCUGCAUCGAGUCGACCUUUGUCGCACUUGUUACAAUCGGUUUACACCUGUGGACAUUCUCGUCACCGCCAAAGGAUGGACCAAGAAUUGAUCUGGACUGGGUCUACUUUGCACUCGCCGCGCCGACGCUGGUGUUGAUCCAUCAUCUCACCUAUUUCCUCACCAAGGGUGUCUUUACAUUCAGUGAACCCACCCUCCCACCUUAUGAACGCCUUCAUCAGGCCAUCUCCAAUGACCCCAUUGUCCCCGUCGACGAAACCCUCUUCGAAACGUCUGAAGAGGAACAGCUCCCGCCCUACUCGACCUUUCGGGACCAGCUAGAGUUGGAAUCUGAACCAGAACCCGGAAAGCCAUAUAAUCCUUUUAUAUCUUCUGUCCCUGCGGUGGUGCUGUUGCUCCUCAUCACUAUCCUCGUCGGCGGACUCGGCCUCUCCGCACUCAUUGCUGCAUCCGUUGAUAGAAUAGAUAGCAUCGCGCGUCAAAAGGCCGUCAAUCACAUUGCCGCACUCGCUCAACAACUUACGCCCUUACUCCCUUCCGACGUCUCGUCGGCGCUCUCGGAAGAGCUAAAGUACAUUACACCGCUCAAUGCGACCCACGUGAUGGAGUUGUAUGAUUUGAGUAGUGUCGGGCAACUUGCGGAAGAAUUGCAGGUCUUUGCUACGCAGGGAGGUUAUGUGUACAAGGAUGGGCCAGGCGCGGGGUUGUUGAUGUUCCAGGGAGUAUUGUCGCUGAUCCAAACUGGGCUGUUGGGAACUAUGUGUGUGUUCUGUUUUAGGACACACACUCCCCCGUCCUUUGAAGAUGAGGAGGAGGAGAAGUGGGAAGACAUUGAGUAUGUCUAG